AUGGGGAAGACUGGCCAGAGCACAGUGGACCUCAACUCACCCUCAGACGUGGAGCAGGCGGUCCCAAUUGAGCACCUGGAUCACAACAGUGUUCCUGUAGAAGAGGAGAAGGAGAAUAAAGUACCAGAUAGAGGAUCUUGGAAAGGAAAAUUUGACUUUCUAUUGUCCUGUGUUGGAUAUGCCAUUGGGCUGGGAAAUGUGUGGAGGUUCCCAUAUCUGUGCGGAAAAAAUGGUGGAGGUGUCGGUCUGGCUGCUGUGGUUUUGUCCUUCUGGCUCAACAUCUAUUACAUCAUCAUCAUCGCCUGGGCUCUGUACUACCUCUUCAACUCUUUCAAAGCAAAUAUCAGAUCCCUUUCUACGAAAACACUUUUUGUAAAUAAUAUGAUCACUGAUCAUAAUAUAGAUGUACUCUGUUUGACAGAAACCUGGCUAAAACCUGAUGAUUACAUUAUUUUAAAUGAGUCCACCCCCUAAGAUUACUGUUAUAAACAUGAGCCGCGUCUAAAAGGCAAAGGUGGAGGUGUUGCUUCAAUUUAUAACAACGUUUUCAGGAUUUCUCAGAGGGCAGGCUACAAGUAUAACUCGUUUGAAGUAAUGGUACUUCAUAUAACAUUAUCCAAAGAAACAAAUGUUAAUGAUAAAUCCUCUGUUAUGUUUGUACUGGCUACUGUAUACAGGCCACCAGGGCACCAUACAGACUUUAUUAAAGAGUUUGGUGAUUUUACAUCUGAGUUAGUUCUGGCUGCAGAUAAAGUUUUAAUAGUUGGUGAUUUUAAUAUCCAUGUUGAUAAUGAAAACGAUGCAUUGGGAUCAGCAUUUAUAGACAUUCUGAACUCUAUUGGUGUUAGACAACACGUUUCAGGACCUACUCAUUGUCGAAAUCAUACUCUAGAUUUAAUACUGUCACAUGGAAUUGAUGUUGAUGGUGUUGAAAUUAUUCAGCCAAGUGAUGAUAUCUCAGAUCAUUAUUUAGUUCUUUGCAAAAUUCAUAUAGCCAAAAUUGUAAAUUCUACUUCUUGUUACAAGUAUGGAAGAACCAUCAUUUCUAACACAAAAGAUUGCUUUUUAAGUUAUCUUCCUGAUGUAUCCAAAUUCCUUAGCAUAUCCAAAACCUCAGAACAACUUGAUGAUGUAACAGAAACUAUGGACUCUCUCUUUUCUAGCACUUUAAAUAAAGUUGCUCCUUUACGCUUAAGGAAGGUUAAGGAAAACAGUUUGACACCAUGGUAUAAUGAGCAUACUCGCACCCUAAAGAGAGCAGCCCGAAAAAUGGAGCGCAGCUGGAGGAAAACAAAACUAGAGGUAUUUCGUAUUGCUUGGCGGGAAAGUAACAUAUCCUACAGAAAAGCAUUAAAAACUGCUAGAUCCGAUUACUUUUCUUCUCUUUUAGAAGAAAACAAACAUAACCCCAGGUAUUUAUUCAAUACAGUGGCUAAAUUAACGAAAAAUAAAGCCUCAACAAGUGUUGACAUUUCCCAACACCACAGCAGUAAUGAGUUUAUGAACUACUUUACUUCUAAAAUCGAUACUAUUAGAGAUAAAAUUGCAACCAUUCAGCCGUCAGCUACAGUAUCACAUCAGACAGUGCACUAUAGACCCCCUGAGGAACAGUUCCACUCAUUCUCUACCAUUGGAGAGGAAGAAUUGUAUAAACUUGUUAAAUCAUCUAAACCAACAACAUGUAUGUUAGACCCUAUACCAUCUAAGCUCCUGAAAGAGGUGCUUCCAGAAGUCAUAGAUCCUCUUCUGACUAUUAUUAAUUCCUCAUUGUCAUUAGGACAUGUCCCCAAAACCUUCAAACUGGCUGUUAUUAAGCCUCUCAUCAAAAAACCACAACUUGACCCCAAAGAACUAGUUAAUUAUAGACCAAUCUCGAAUCUCCCUUUUCUGUCCAAGAUACUAGAAAAGGUGGUAUCCACACAAUUAUAUUCCUUCUUAGAGAAAAAUGGUAUAUGUGAGGAUUUCCAGUCAGGAUUUAGACCGUAUCAUAGUACUGAGACUGCUCUUCUUAGAGUUACAAAUGAUCUGCUCUUAUCAUCUGAUCGUGGGUGUAUCUCUCUAUUAGUUUUAUUGGACCUUAGUGCUGCGUUUGACACAAUUGACCACAACAUUCUUUUGCAUAGACUUGAAUACUUUGUUGGCAUCAGUGGAAGUGCAUUAGCAUGGUUUAAAUCGUACUUAUAUGACCGCCAUCAGUUCGUAGCAGUGAAUGAAGAUGUAUCCUAUCGAUCACAAGUGCAGUAUGGAGUACCUCAAGGCUCAGUACUAGGGCCGCUACUCUUCACGCUUUAUAUGUUACCCUUGGGAGAUAUCAUCAGGAAACAUGGUGUUAGCUUUCACUGUUAUGCUGAUGAUACUCAGCUCUAUAUUUCUUCGCAGCCCGGUGAAACACACCAAUUUGAAAAACUAAUGGAUUGCAUAGUCGAUAUAAAAAACUGGAUGACGAGUAAUUUCUUACUGCUAAAUUCUGAAAAAACAGAGGUGUUAAUUAUAGGACCUAAAAACUCUGCUUGUAAUAACCUAGAACAUUGUCUAAGACUUGAUGGUUGCUCUGUCAAUUCUUCGUCAUCAGUUAGGAACCUAGGUGUGCUACUUGAUCGCAAUCUUUCCUUAGAAAGCCACGUUUCUAGCAUUUGUAAAACUGCAUUUUUCCAUCUCAAAAAUAUAUCUAAAUUACGGCCUAUGCUCUCAAUGUCAAAUGCAGAAAUGUUAAUCCAUGCAUUUAUGACCUCAAGGUUAGAUUAUUGUAAUGCUUUAUUGGGUGGUUGUUCUGCACGCUUAGUAAACAAACUACAGCUAGUCCAAAAUGCAGCAGCAAGAGUUCUUACUAGAACCAGGAAGUAUGACCAUAUUAGUCCGGUCCUGUCAACACUGCACUGGCUCCCUAUCAAGCAUCGCAUAGAUUUUAAAAUAUUGCUUAUUACUUAUAAAGCCCUGAAUGGUUUAGCACCUCAGUAUUUGAAUGAGCUCCUUUUACAUUAUAAUCCUCUACGUCCGCUACGUUCUCAAAACUCAGGCAAUUUGAUAAUACCUAGAAUAUCAAAAUCAACUGCAGGCGGCAGAUCCUUUUCCUAUUUGGCGCCCAAACUCUGGAAUAACCUACCUAACAUUGUUCGGGAGGCAGACACACUCUUGCAGUUUAAAUCUAGAUUAAAGACCCAUCUCUUUAACCUGGCAUACACAUAA